UCACGCUAUCGUCACUCGGUCACACUGCGCGUUUUACCAUCAUCGCAUAAAACUUUGCUUGCAAGUACAGCAAAUGUAUAAUUUACGGCACCAUAACAAAUAUAUUUACACAAUUUAAUUUUACAACUCACGCAUACUUAUGUUAUAAAACGAAGCGCUAAAAACAAUCCGCUUGUAGAGAAAGAAAUAUUACUGCUGGCUGCUAGCAUUUGUGUUCUCUCUGGCAGGAACGAAAGGAACGGAACGUGUUUGGGGCGGACUUGUUUUUUAUACCAGUGCGGAAAAGAGGACGCCGCUGUAACUAACUGUGAUUUGGGGGAAAUAUAACCGCGCGGCUACAGGAGCGCCAAAAGCCUGCCCCAGCCCCAGACCCAGCUCAACCCGAUUCGUUUGUGUUAGACUAAGGAAACGGGGGGCGUGCGCCUCUGUGUGUGUGUGUAUCUAUUCCAUACAAGAACAAGUUGCAGUUCAUUUGUAUGACGUUGCGCGUGUAUUGGUGUCUACGGUUCGCUUGUGCUCUGCAGGUGUGCGUGCGUCCGCGUUUGUAUGUGUUAGUGAGUGUAUGAACGCUGUGGUCUUGAUGUCUGCGCUUUUUCCCAGACGACGAAGAAGCGAGCACACAGGUGAAUUAUUGGUGCAAUACGCUGUGUUGGCAACAAAGCCAAACGCCCAACCAACAGAAUACUAACCGACAAUAGUAUAGAAGUGAGCGACUGCAAAAAAUGCUGCGUUUUCUAAGUCGUCGCAAGGUGCGCAACAACUAUGCGGAUAAUGCGAGCAACGGGCGAGGCGGCAGCGGCGCAGGUGGAGGUGGUGGGGUCGGCAGCGGCGGUGCCGUCAUUGCGAGCAGCAGCGGGUCACAGAUUAAGCCCCAACGUAUCGUCGUAAACAAAAACAAAAUCGACUGCCGUGUUAUACUGCUGGACAAUACUGACCUUUCCAUCGAAUUAUCGAAAAAAGCGCUUGGCAGCUUCCUCUAUGAACAGGUGUUCUAUGCUCUGGACAUUAUUGAGAAAGAUUACUUUGGUCUGCAGUUUAUGGAUGCGAACCAUGUGAAGCACUGGCUCGAUCCCACCAAACCCAUCAAGAAGCAAGUGAAAAUUGGACCACCGUAUACAUUCCGUUUGAAGGUCAAAUUCUACUCUUCGGAGCCAAAUACGCUACGCGAGGAGCUAACACGGUAUUUGUUCUUCUUGCAACUCAAACAAGAUUUACUGGAGGGGCGUUUAGACUGUCCGGAUGACAAAUCUGCGGAGCUCUGUGCUUUGGCCUUGCAGUCGGAGUUGGGCGACUAUGAUGAUCAGGUCCAUUCGGCCGCUACCGUGUCGGAGUUUCGUUUCGUGCCGGAGCAAACAGAGGAUCUGGAAAUUGCCAUAUUAGAAGAGUAUAAAACAUGUCGUGGGCUAACACCAGCGCAGGCGGAAACGGCCUUUUUAAACAAGGCGAAGUGGUUGGAUAUGUACGGCGUGGAUAUGCACACCGUUCUGGGCAAAGAUAGCUGCGAAUAUCAUCUGGGCUUAACGCCCACUGGGAUACUGGUGUUCGAACGUGAUCAAAAGAUAGGCCUCUUCUUUUGGCCCAAGAUUAGCAAACUGGAUUUCAAGAAGAAAAAACUUACACUCAUUGUCAUUGAAGAUGAUGACGAGGGUCGCGAACAGGAACACACCUUCGUCUUUCGACUGUAUAAUGAAAAGGCUUGCAAGCAUCUGUGGAAGUGCGCCGUGGAGCACCAUACUUUCUUCCGUCUGCGAGCGCCUGUCAAGGGGCCGUCGGCUCGCCAAAACUUCUUCCGCAUGGGCUCUCGCUUCCGUUACUCUGGCCGCACCGAAUUCCAAACCACGCAGCAGAGCCGCGCUCGACGCACUGUACAGUUUGAGCGUCGGCCUUCGCAGAGAUUCGCCAGUCGUCAGUCGCAUUUGUUGCGCGAGCGUCAAAAGGAAUCGGCCGCAGCUGCCGUUGCCACGGUGAAUGCACGUGCAGCCGCCGCUGCAGCUGCAGCAGCCGCAGGUCAAGCGCCACCGACAGCUUCUUCUGUCGUUCCUUCCAUAUACAGCAAUGAGAACAAUAAUGAGACAUUCGAUUCGUUCAUCUCGACUGAUCCGUUCGUUACCGUUACCCCUUCACCCUCCGUUCUGACUGUUAUACAAAAUUCGGCGAUUAUUGAACCGGAUGCGGCAUGCAGUAGUUCAAUUAGCUCAUCUACUAAUGCGGCUGCCACCUGCCCGUCGCUGGGUCGCAACUCACUUAAAUCAAACUUUAGCAAUGAUGAUCCGGCCUACAGCAAGAUAGGUUCCGUUGGCAAGGCGGCGGGGCUAUUGGUGAAAUUGGAGCCAGAGUACACACCUCCCUACUCCCCGAACGCUACUAAGAACUUUGAUGAGACGAAUCCGUUUAGAAGUGCGGCCACCUCGCAUCAUGGCAGCUUUGGCAAAGCCUCAAUUAGCUCGGGCCAGCUCAGUGUUAGGAGCGGCUUAUCGGAUAAAGAUAGAGAGCUAGAUUCAUUACUUAAGUCCAUUGUUAAAGAUCCAUCCCCAUCUGUGCUUGCAAAUGAAGCGAUUAAUGAUGCUAACAGUAUCAGGGUUACCAUAAACAAGACCUUUGACAUGGAUCACAACACGGAGACACUGAAGCGACUCUCAAAUACAAACGAGAAGCCCAACAAUCAAGUGAAGCUAGCCAACGUAGGCGCCAGCGCGUUGCCACCGGGCAAUAUCAAGUGCAAUAUACUUAAGGCUCGCGUUGAGGAAGAGAUGGGUGCCAGCGGCGGCAAUGCGAAGUUGACCAAUCAAAUGUUUGUGCCUGCCGCCCACUCAAGCAAUAGCAAUAGCAACAGCAACUGCAGCAGCAGCAACAUGCAUGUGAACAACAAUAACAACAUAAGCAACAGCAAUCAUACACACAGUGAUGGACCGGAUUCCCUGAAUGCCACCUACAUAUCAGUGGGCGGCGAUAAGCUGACGCUCAGCAUACCGGAACAGAAGCCGAGCAGUGGCAAUGGCAGCGGCAGCGGCAACAGCAACGGCAGCGGCAGUGGCAGCAGCAACUCGAGCACCAUCAAUAGCCACGCUAAUGCUCGGGCCAGCAGUAACUCACCCUUCAGCAAUGCCACCUUCGUGUCGGCCUUUAGCGGGCCGCCAACGCCACCGUCUUCGCUGCCACCGACAAUAAACAAUACAAACACCACCGGCAGCAUGGCCACCACGGUGACCAGCAUUAAUACACCCAGCAGUAGCAGCAGCAACAUUGCCACGGAGCCGACCGGUGCUGCGGCCAGUGGAACUGGAAACUCCUUGCUGAGCAAUGCCUCAGCAGCUGAAAUACUCAUUAAUGAAAUUUUCAUUAACAAUAUAAUAAACAAUAAUGCGACGGCGAACAGCAAAUCAGAGGCAAAAACAAAACCCUCAACAGCUAGCGCUACCACAUCCACGCCCAGCGCUGGCACGCUGCUAUUUUCUACGCUCAGCGAGCAGGAGCGCUUGGAGGCCGAGAAGGCGAACCAGCAGCCCAAUGAAAGCGAAGUCGAUGCACCGCAAAGCGAAAAGAAGCAUGGCAGCAAUCUGCAGGAGAACAAUCGCGUUCCAGCAAACAGUACCAGGGAUAUGGUCUCACCCUGGCUGGUCUCCUCGGAAAUUGUUUCAGCGCCUAAGGGACGUGAACCGACCAUAAUACGCAAAUCCGUUAUUACAACACAGUUGUAAUUAUUGUUUAAAUUUAACAAUUUUAUAAUUGAUAAGACUUAAAGAUUGUAUUUAUAUAUAUAAGAAGAUAGCUAUGACAAACCUUAGACAACAUUCUUUUAAGCAUUCCAAGUAGCAGCAACCGCUGCAUCAAGAGCAUUAAAGACAAUGAGAGAGCAGGUUCAAUCAAAAUGAAACUAUCGAAAACAUAUUAUGUUAACUGUCCAUUAAAUGUGCCUUAAAUUAUAUUAACUAUAAAUGUACGAUAAAUGUCUCGUCUCGUCAGCGAGAGAAAUGUGCUUCAAGAAACAGUGUACUUAAAUUUUACAUAAUGUAUUCAAUUAAAUGAUAAGUGUAUAGACUGGA